AUGACGAUCGCAGCAUCCCUGCAGUUGAAUGCAGCUACCGGGCGCGGAUCCUACAAGACAAUCUUGUGGCAUUUCCACGGGACAGUAACCCGGUAUUCCAUUAGCGUUGUGAAGCAGGGCAAAUCCAACACCCAGGCCACGACGCGGGGAUUAAUGAGUCAGCCAUCGCUGAGUGAGACAGUGAGUCAACCAUCGCUCAAUGAGUCAGUGAGUCAGCCAUCGCCGCCAGUGAGUCAGCCAUCGCUCAAUGAGUCAGUGAGUCAGCCAUCGCUCAAUGAGUCAGUGAGUCAGCCAUCGCCGCCAGUGAGUCAGCCAUCGCUCAAUGAGUCAGUGCGUCAGCCAUCGCUCAAUGAGUCAGUGAGUCAGCCAUCGCCGCCAGUGCGUCAGCCAUCGCUCAAUGAGUCAGUGAGUCAGCCAUCGCCGCCAGUGCGUCAGCCAUCGCUCAGUGAGUCAGUGAGUCAGCCAUCGCCGCCAGUGCGUCAGCCAUCGCUCAGUGAGUCAGUGCGUCAGCCAUCGCCGCCAGUGCGUCAGCCAUCGCUCAAUGAGUCAGUGCGUGAGCCAUCGCUGGAGUAG